GUGAAUUCGCAGUCAUGCGCAGUCAAGUUCUUGUUAUCACGUGGUCAUAACUAUCAGCCUCUUUCUGAAAACCGGUGUUCACGGUCAGCACGGUGAGAACAACGUACGCCGAUUUUUACACCAUUACUGACAAGUAAAGCAGCUAGAUAGCACUAAAGAUGCCGGAGAAGAUCAGUUUUGUAGAAAAUUUUGCCCUGAGUGGCGCUGCUGCUAUCAUUUCUAAAACAGCUGCUGCACCUAUUGAACGAGUCAAGCUCCUUGUCCAGAACCAAGAUGAAAUGAUUAAAGCUGGCCGUUUAGACAAACCAUACAGUGGAGUUAUUGACUGUACAACGAGAACAUUCAGAAAUGAGGGAAUUUUACCAUUCUGGAGAGGUAACAUGGCAAAUGUUAUUCGAUAUUUCCCAACCCAAGCUCUCAACUUCGCCUUCAAAGAUCAGGUCAAAGCUAUGUUUAAAACGUCCAAAAAUGAAGGCUAUAUGAUGAAGUUCAGCAAAAAUGUCAUGUCUGGUGGUGUAGCUGGAGCCAUGUCCCUCUGCUUCGUGUACUCUCUCGACUACUGCAGAACACGUUUAGCUAAUGAUGCCAAGGCUAGCAAGAAAGGAGGUGGCCACGAACGACAGUUCAAUGGUAUGGUUGAUGUAUACAGGAAGACCAUACAGUCUGAUGGUAUCGUUGGACUGUACAGAGGUUUCGUCAUCUCUUGCGUCGGUAUUGUUGUGUACAGAGGUUGCUACUUUGGUUUCUAUGACACACUGAAACCAAUUAUCAUUGGUGAAGGAGGUAGUUUUGCAGCAUCAUUUGCUCUUGGUUAUGUUGUAACCAUCAGUUCCGGUCUGGUGUCGUACCCAAUUGACACAAUCAGAAGAAGAAUGAUGAUGACAUCAGGAGAGGCAGUUAAAUACAAGGGGUCCAUUGAUUGUACAGUUCAAAUUGUCAAAAAUGAGGGAUUCAUGUCCCUGAUGAAGGGAGCUGGUGCCAACAUUCUCAGAGGUGUUGCUGGUGCUGGUGUGUUGUCUGGAUUUGACAAAUUCAAGGAAUACUACGUAAAAUGGCGUGUGGGUAAUAAAUAAUGGAAACAUGGUCUAGGUUUAAAAUUAUAGUAACUGAUUGAUCUUAUUAUCCUUUGGUUUUGAACAAUGCACUGGAGACUGAUGUAAAGGACAGUAAAUUUUAUGAGCCGGGAUCAUUGUAUAAUCAAGUGUCAGAUUUUUAGGAUAUGUCCUUUAUAUGCAGUAUAUUUCACAUGUUUGAUAAGAUGAAUAUUAAAAUUUGUUUAACAAAAAUGGCUGCUUGUCAUACAUUUGAAUUUUACAUGUAGGACUUGUUUGAAUCUUGUGACUAAUUAUAGAUUUGAUGAUAAAGA